GUAUGCGAUAUUCGGGCGCCUGCAGUACGGGUACGCCACGCAGCAGGAUCUGAUCUGCAUCCUGCAGGCUGAGAUGGCCGCCCACAUCGCGAGCCACCUCCACACAAGCCACCAGGAGGACCAGAUAGGCGCGACAGUGGUCGCCGUGAUCUGCCUCAGCGCGAUCCUUAGUGGCAGCUGCAGCAUGCUGACCGGAAAGCUGGGCCUCGGCAGAUACAUGCUGCUGUUCCCCACUACGGUCACCAACGGCUUCCUCGGGGCGAUCGGCGUCGUCGUCUUCCGGGCGGCCCUCCAGACCGCUUCGGGAGUGAAGUUCCACUAUUUCUACCCUGUCGACCUCGAGGCCUUCCUGAGCCUCGGGAGCCUGGCCCAGUCCGGGUGCAUGUUAGGCAGCGUGGUCUGCAUAAGGGCCGGCCCGGUCGUGCUGCGGAGCUGCUUCCCGAAGAGCAGCGUGGUGGAUCGGCUCGGCGGCCUCCUCUGCCAGCUGGUUCCGCUCCUGGUCUUCUACUGCGUGGUGUUCACACUGGGACUGAGCAUGGCGGACCUCGCGGGCUCGGGGUGGACCUACCCGGGCCAGGGCAGCCACGGCCCGCGGGAGUUCUGGACGACCUACCCGCUGGCGGACGUGCACUGGCCGGCCGUCGCCCACUGCCUCCCCUACAUGCCCGCGCUGGUGUUGAUGUCCAUCAUGUGCACGAUGAUCG